CGACCUCAAAGCAACCCCACAUAUCCAUUCUAAGAUACAUGUGUGGAAAAAACAUUAUGCAUCGCUAAGCACAAUGUUAUCGAGGUCGGGAUUUGGCUGGAAUGAAACAAACAAUACCAUUGAAGUCAUUGACGAACAAGUUUGGCAAGAGUACGUAAAGACGGAUGCUAAUGCCCGUUCCAUGAGGUACAAGUCAUGGCCAUUUUACAAAGACUGGACUACGGUCUUUGGAAAAGAUCAUGCAACAGGUGAACAUGCUGAAACGUUUGUCGAAGCCAUCAACGAUUUGGUCACCAACUCGAAAGGGAAAGAACCUUGUUCCAACGACGACGAAUACGUCCCACAACAGGAUCCUUCACGCUCCGAUAACUACUCACAAUACAUGUCAUUCAGCCGAGUUGACGAAGCAACUUCUGCAAAAUCUAAAUCCAAAUCCAAGAAGCGGCCACGUGUUGACGCCAUUGAAAGUGGGUACAUUGAGAUGACGUCUAAGUUUUUUGAGAAAAUGGAGUCCCAAAUGAAUGAACUUGUGAGCCGUAUGGGCUUCGAGAAAGAUGUGUCUAUUGCACGGAAACAAGUGUUUGAUGCCCUAGAAAACUUGCAACAUCUCACUUUCGAGGAAAGGCUCAAAGUCACUUCCAGAAUUUGUGACAAUAGCAAAGACCUAGACAUAUUUUUCUGUUUGAGUGAGGACUACAAAGCAAGUAUGGUGGAAUUGAUCUUAGAAGGGCGUUAUUAAAUGGUUAUUUGGAUUUUAAUAUGACAUAUUAAUGUAAUGAUAUAUUCGUAUUUUGCUGCUUGUAGUGAACUGUAUUUACGUACGACAUUAUGUUUGACCCAACUUUUGAUGACACACCACUAUAUUUUCCCCAAUAUGUUGCUAUAUUUUAUCAAUUGUAUAUGGUAAUGUGUUUUUAAUUGAAAAAACAAAGCUUAUAAAGAUCGAUUUCAAACACUUAGCACUAACAGAGACAAUACCAAACAUUUUACGAACACAAUAUAUAUUGACAUAGAAGUACCCAAACAAGC